AUGUGGACAACAACCUCCGGCCUGCGGGGCAAGAAGCUCCACAUUGCCAUCACCUUCACUUCCGUUGUUGGUUUCUCCCUGUUCGGUUAUGAUCAGGGACUUAUGUCUGGUAUCAUUGCCGGUACUGAGUUCACCAACGAGUUCCGCGCCCUCGCCAUUCCCGACGGAGCUUCUGCUGCCCUUUCUCAGCAUGUCUCCGUCCUUCGUGGUGCCGUGACUGCCUCGCAUCGGCCGUACCCCCUGCUGGUCACCGGUGGUGCUCUCAUGAUCCUCGGUACUGUCAUCUCUACUGCCGCCUUCGGUCCCCACUGGGGAUUGGGCCAGUUCGUUGUUGGUCGUGUUAUCUCUGGUCUUGGAAACGGCAUGGACACUGCUACCAUCCCCGUGUGGCAGUCCGAGUGUUCUCGUGCUCACAACCGUGGCUUCCUUGUCUGCUUCGAGGGUGCUAUCAUUGCCGUCGGUACCCUCAUUGCCUACUGGAUUGACUUCGGUCUCUCCUACGUGAACAGCUCUGUCCAGUGGCGUUUCCCCAUCGCUUUCCAGAUCCUCUUCGCCAUUAUGGUCAGCGUUGGAGCCAUGAUGCUGCCCGAGUCUCCUCGUUGGUUCAUCAUGCAGGGCAAGGACCAGGAAGCUCUCGAGGUUCUCGCCGCCCUCAACGACAGCACCAUUGACGGCGAGGAUGUCCUCACCGACUACAACCUGAUGAAGGCUGAUCUGAAGGCCCAGUCGGGUGCCAAGGCCGAUUGGAAGACUCUGUUCACCUUCGGCAAGACCCAGGAGUUCCAGCGUAUGAUGAUCGGUUGCUCUGGCCAGUUCUUCCAGCAGUUCACUGGUUGCAACGCUGCCAUCUACUACUCUACUCUGCUGUUCGAGCAGAACUUGAAGAUGGAGCACCGUCUCUCUCUGGUUCUGGGUGGUGUCUUCGCUACCGUCUACGCUCUCUCUACCAUCCCCUCCUUCUUCAUGAUUGAGAGGGUCGGUCGCCGCAAGCUGUUCCUGAUCGGUUUCGCUGGCCAAGGUCUGUCUUUCAUCAUCACCAUGAGUUGCUUGAUCAAUGAGAAUGAGCAGAACGCCAAGGGUGCCAUCGUCGGUAUCUUCCUGUUCAUCUGCUUCUUCGCUUUCACCACUCUGCCUCUCCCCUGGAUCUACCCUCCGGAGAUCAACCCCCUCCGCACCCGUACCAUGGCUGCCGCCGCCUCCACUUGCACCAACUGGAUCACCAACUUCGCCGUUGUCAUGUUCACCCCCGUCUUCUCCGAUGCCUCUCCCUGGGGUAUCUACCUCUUCUUUGCUCUGGUCAACUUCAUCGGUCUUCCUUUCGCCUGGUUCUACUACCCCGAGACCGCCGGUCGUGACCUGGAGGAGGUUGACAUCAUCUUCGCCAAGGCCCAUAUCGAGAAGAAGUGGCCCUACCAGAUCGCCAACACCCUGCCCAAGCUUUCUCCCGGUGAGAUUGCCUCUAUGCAGCGUGAGAUCGGCCUUGACGUAUCCGACCACCAGCACUCCUCGGAGAACGAGAAGGUCGAGAUGGCCAUGUCCAGUGGCAACUCGAGCGACGAGAAGGCCGAGUAA